UGCGGUUCCGGUUGAUCCACUUUUGGGAGGCUUGGAAUGUUCAGACGAAGGUGCUUAUCGGCAUCGAAAUGCUUCUCAUCGACGAAGAGGAGAGUGUUAUCCAGGGCUUCAUCCCCUAUGGAAGGAUUGACACAUAUUUGCGUCACAUGAAAACUGGUGCUACAUACCGACUCAACAAGUUUUUCGGAUCAAAGAGCAAGACUAUCUACCGGGUAGCUGAGUCAAGUGUCACUAUUUGCUUCUCAAGUAACUCUGUCCUCUCUGGACUCGAGGACAGUUCGAUCAGCUUUCCUGUAGAUCGGUUCCGGAUUCAUGGACACAAAGAAUUUGAAGCUGGCUCCGACUUGAGAGGUGAUCUUUAUGAUUAUAUUGGCCACAUCAAACUUGUGAAUGGGAAGGUCCCCGGUGACGGUCUUCUGCUUGAUGAGUCAGAGAUAGCAAAAUCUCGCCGAGUUGAGCUUCACGUUCAAACACAUGAGUAAGUUAUUCUAUAUCUUCCUUCAAAUUCACAUAUGGUUUUAUUUACCACAUGAGUUUGUGUUGUUACAGCGAUCCUGUGCUGAAGCUGUACCUCUGGGACAAGGUUGCGUUUGAGUUCUGUGAAAAGUUUAAAGCAUCUGGUGGCACUGCACGCGUUAUCUUGGUCACCACCUUAAACCCGAAAUGGUUUGGAGGCGUCCUAUCUAUAUCUUCUAUGGCGUCUUCACGGGUAUUUCUGGAUGGUGAUGUCGAAGAAACGCUGUUGUACCUCAGCUGGUUGGACUCGAACCUAGAUGUUGCCAGCAGAGUUAACGCAGAGGUGGUCACUAAGCCUGAGUUAGCGACACUGGGAGACCUCUUCUCUUAUAUGAAUCAGGCAUCCGCUAAGGUUGCUUGGUUUGAGUGCACAGCAACAAUUUAUGAUGUCGUGAACGGUUCUGGAUGGUAUUAUAUAGGCUGCGGUGUGUGCCAUACUAAGGCAACAAAAGGUCCUACAACGCUUAUGUGUAAGAAAUGUGGGAAGAGUGAGAUCGUCGGUGUGCCGCAGUAUCUAUCGAAGCUCUCUGUAUAUGACCAUAGCGAUCAAGCCGUUUUUGUUGUCCUUGGUGAUGCUGGUGAGGAAUUGACUGGAAAGAAAGCUGCUGAGUUGGUGGAGCGAUAUUACGAGGCCAAUGAUAGUGUGGGAGAGGAUCACAUAGUUCCAGUGCCUCAAGCCAUGAUUGAUACCAUCGGACAGACCCGGAAGUUCAUUGUGAAGGUAUCAACCCACAACCUGACUGCCAAGACCCAAACUUUAACUGUGACAAAAGUGCUCCCACUUGAAGCCCCAGAACCCGAAGGCAACGUAGGAGUGAACGUUGGUAAGGAAGGUGAUAGUGAGAGUGAGGAUCAUGCAGAUAAGUUGGUGAAAAGGGGUACUGAUGGGAUUGAGUCGGAAGGUGUGAAGCGUGCCAAAUGUGGCUAAUGAAGUUGUCUUUACUGGAAUUGUUUUGUUUAAUGCUAAGCUUGGUUUUUUUUUUCUGGAUUUGUGUUUGCAGUUUUAACAAACUUUGCUAUGAUCUCUUUUGCUAAUAAUAUCUAUUAUUAAUCUCUU